GGCGCUGGUGAGACCGGCCACAGCGGGGGCUGGGGGCGGGGCGGGGCCGCUUCCUCUGACGUGCUCGGUCGGUCCCGGAAGGGGGGCGGGGGCAAAUUUCUUCUGACCGCUGAGUGGACCGGCUCCCAGGGCCGCGGGUGAUCAGGGGAGGGGAGGCCUCGCCGCCGGCGGAGGGGCCCUGUCCGCUCUUGGGCCAUGUCCUUGCUCAGCAGGGCGGCGAUCGCAGGGGCCCGGCUCCUCGCCCGGAGUCGCUUGGGCUCGAACGCCUGGGUCGCCGCUGGGAUGGGGAACAGCACAUCCUCUUCCAUGGAUAAAUCAGAAAUUGCUCCUAUAAAUCAGAUCCAGGAAACAAUUUCACAUAAUUGUGUAGUGAUCUUCUCAAAAACAUCCUGUUCUUAUUGCGCAAUGGCAAAAAAGCUUUUCAAUGACAUGGAUAUACAAUAUACUGCAGUGGAAUUGGACAUGCAUAAAUAUGGAAGCCAGUUUCAGGAUGCUCUUCACAAAAUGACUGGUGCAAGAACUGUUCCAAGAAUUUUUGUCAAUGGGACUUUUAUUGGAGGAGCAACUGAUACUCAUAGACUUCACAAAGAAGGAAAGCUGCUUCCAUUAGUUCAUCAGUGUUAUUUAAAAAAGUUUGGAGCAAAGAAUUUCAGACAGUAACUUAGACUGCCUUGGCUGUGCUGGCAAAUGUCAGCAUUUUAGUCAUUUUGCUUAUAAAACAGUUUAAAAAUUCUUUGAAAUUGUGAAAUCUUUUGUCAAAGAAUGGCCUAUGAAAUGAUGAACAAUAAAGACCUGUGGAAACCGUCUAAAUAUUCUUAUUCCUAUGGCACUUUAAGGCUAUGCUAACUUUUUUUGGCAACAUGGAGACUGGUACUUUGUAUUCUUAAUUUUGUAGUUAAGCAGUCAAAUCACACAGUAAUAGAAUACAACUUUUCUUAGAAAAUAUUAAGAUAUUGUUAGAACUAUUACGUGAAAAUUAAAAGUUAAGGGUUAAGAUUAGGGAUUUGCAGGCUGUGGAUUUGAUACCCUACUUUCUGCUAAUAUUUCCCAAUCAAGGGAUGUCAGUCAUCUACUAUCCAGCCCUUUGUGUAAUGUUAGGAAAAUAGAAUGGGAAUCAGUCAGUCUUAAAGAAAAUAAAUUAAUCCUUCUUUAUUGA